AUGUCGUCAGGUAGUAAUGUGCUGCUGCUCUUUGCAAUCUUUGCCUCUGUUUUCCUCCUCUUCUCCGAGCUCGCUCACUGCGAAGACCUGGUCAUUGAGUACGGUAAUGUGGCCGUUCACCAGGGCACUGAGCUGACGCCGAAGCAGACACACCUUCCGCCCACCGUCCUCUCCUGGCCCACUGAACCGGAGACGCUGUACACGCUGCUGGUGACGGACGCCGAUGUGCCCGCCAAGGUACGGGAGAUUAAUCACUGGACCAUUGUCAACAUCGCCGGAACUAAUGUGGCCACCGGAGAGACCCAGGAGCAGUACACCGGAGCUAAUCCGCCGCAAGGAUCAGGCACUCACCG